AUGUGUGCUAUUGGUGCUGUGAUCGCCCCUGUGGGACCCCCAGCCCGACCGCCGCCCAGUCUAGGCCUGUUCCGAGUGCAUAAAAACGAAGGAAGCGCAUGCUGUUUGUCGUGCUGAAAAUAAGGCCCAAUGACGCUGCAAAAAGCCCCCAGAAUCUGGAAAAAAAGAACCGGAUCUGUGCCGUUUUCUUGUGCACGACAUCUCAGUAGCGACGACUCGAACUCAAGUCGAUUCAGUACAGUAGAACGGGGGUGGUGGGGCCGUGCUGUCCGCGUCUGGUCUUGUCUCAACUUUAUUUUCGAGUUUUUUGAGUUAACUGGCCUUAUCUUUCGGAUCUUGCUGACAAAACAGUCUUAAUAUUGAAACCUUGAUUAAAUUCUAACCUCUUAUUAAAUCAACAUUGUCCUAACUUCUACAGCCUUCUUAGUUCUUAUACUUUCAAUGUCAAACACUUCAAUCCCUAAAUACUCUUUCCAUCGACGCCUUAAACUGUUUCAAUUUCAGAAGACUCAAUGAACAGCUCGUCUGCUGGAGUCUCGAUUCUACACUCCACAGAGACGCCCAUCAUCGUACCUUCCAUUAAACAGCUACCACUAGAUGUCAGGCUUACAGUCGUCGCCUACUGUUAUAUACUACCCAUCAUCUGUGUUGUUGGGAUUAUUGGCAAUGUUAUGAAUGUCAUAACAUUAGCCAGUCGAAAACUACGCGCUGUAUCCUACAUGUACCUACGAGCACUAGCGAUAGCAGACCUACUAUGCAUGUUAUUUGUACUGUCCUUCGUAUCAUGCGAAGUGCUAGUAUAUAAUGGUUAUCCAUUGAAUCGCUACCUUUGGUAUGGAUUCUACCAGUCGCAUAUCAUCUUAUCGUUUAUUAAUUGGGCGCUAGCUACGGGAGUCUUCAUCGUCGUUGCCUUAAGUUUAGAGAGAUACGUUUCUAUUGUGUUUCCCAUGCACUUUCGUCAAUGGAAUUCACCAUCAAGAGCACGAAGAGCAAUAUGUAUAGCUUACAUGUUACCGGCCAUGUUCUACCUACCGUAUGCCUUUGGAAGGUAUACGGUAGAAAGCAAAACAUUGGCAGACGGUACAAUAAACUACAUACAAAGCGACAGUGAAGUGUCCAAGACAAUGUACUGGAAAGUGAGUUUAAUUCAUUAUUUCGAGUAUUAAAACCUAUAAUUAAAUUAUUAUUUUGCUAUGCACUAUUAUGUGAAUUAUACUGUAGUGUAUUAUUGUAUUUCAUCUUAUCUUAAUUUUUCGAUGUACAACAAUAACAAUGUUAUAUAUGUGACAUCAUGAGGAUAUUUUCCGUUUUUUUAUUCCUUGCUCUAACCUUAUUUACAGAUUUACAAAUGGAGCCGUGAAGCAUUCUUGAGAUUCCUUCCUAUCAUUGUCCUCACCGUUCUCAACGCUCAAAUAAUGAUGGCCUUUCGAAAGCGACAGCAAAUGUUUGCUCGCUUAAAGAACCGAGACCAAAACAGUCAAGUGCGUGACGAUACCCUUCUCUACAUCCUGGGCGGCAUCGUGGCCAUGUUCUUCGUAUGCAACAUUCCAGCAGCCAUCAACUUGCUGUUCAUCAACGAGACCGUCAAGAAAAGGGUCGACUAUCAGAUAUUCAGAGCUAUUGCCAACCUUCUCGAGAUCACCAACCAUGCUGCUCAAUUCUACAUCUUCUGCGUGUGUUCAACCGACUAUCGCGCUACAUUCUUGCUCAAGUUUCCGUGCUUUAAGGUAAGAAAACAUGAAUUUUCAAAACAAGGCUGCUUAUAUUAUGUAACGAACUCAACAGGUUCUUGUCAAAAAUCCUUGAAUCCUCUUAAAACGUGUUCUUGCUUUUACACCUGACAUUCACAUUCAAAAUCUUAACUUCACUUUCAGGCUUAUUACACAAAUCGCGAGAAACUGCGCUCCUUUAUCAGGAGACCUCAAACCAAACAUGCAGACGGCAAGAACGCGCCACCCCCGAGCAUGGCAAUGGGAAUUUCCUCAAUUAAGCGAAGUAGCACGUUGGAAGGCACGACAAAUCAACACAAAGAACAGGAAACCGUCGACAUUCACUUGGCCAGCGGCGAGGACGACAUCAGCGACGAGUCGGACAGCCUCCUGAACGGCGACACCAACAAGGAGAGCACUUACUUGUGA